AUGGUGGCCAAAGCUCAGAGAGGGGCAGUGAAGCUGAGGCUGAACACAGUGGCCAGGUCUCCAGAGGUGGAUGCCUGGAGCCAGUUGCUUCCUGAGGGUACCAUGAAGCCCCUUUGGGAUGUUGAGCAAGGGCCUGAUAAAGUUGGGUUUGUUUUGGAGAAAGGUUACACUGGUGUCCUGGUGGAGGAUGGCUGGAGUGAGGAUGAGGGGCUGGAUCCCCCAUCCCUGGAUGUGGCCAUCCAGCAGGCCCUGGCAGGCCUCUACCCUCCCUUUGAGGCCACGGCGCCCAUUGUCCUGAGUCAGGUGUUCCGCCUGCUGGACUCUGACUUCCGGGGGGAUGGGCUGAGCUUCCUCCUGGAUUUCCUGAUCCCCGCCAAGCGCCUGUGUGAGCAAGUGCGUGAAGCCGCCUGCGCUCCCUACGCCCACCGCCUCUUCCUGCACGAGGGCUGGCCACUCUGCCUGCGAGAUGAGGUUGUGGUCCACUUGGCGCCACUCAAUCCCCUCUUACUGCGCCAGGGGGACUUCUACCUCCAGGUGGAGCCCAGGGAGGAGCAGUCUGUUGGGAUGAUGAUCAAAUGCCUCUCCUUGGACCUCCGCACGGUGGACAAGAAGCCUGUUCCUGAGUCGUCCCACCCUCUGCUUUUCACUCAAGAGUGGCUGGAGGCCAUCAACAGUGAUUUUGAGGGAAGUCCCCUGCACAACUGCCUGGUGGCUUCAGAAAAUGGGGUUGCCCCUGUGCCUUGGGCCAAGAUCACCAGCCCAGAGUUUGUGGAUGGCAGACCUCAGGCAGUGACGGUCUCUUCAUCUGCCUGGGCCUCCCUUCCACUGCAGGCACUUGAUCUGAACAGCCCUCAGGAACUGCAGCUGGCCAACUCCCCUGGCAGCCAGGUGCUUCUGGCCCAGAAUUCAGUCAAGGAUCCAGGCAGGACAUCGGGGAGCAAGUAUCCAGGUCUCAUCAAGGCAGAGCAAGCCAGGUCUGGGGAGGUGGCCUUCAAGGUGAACAGUGGGCUGAGCCAGGGCUUAGAGGGAGACUAUGUCGCUCUUUUGGGCUUUUCUCAAGAGAACAGAGGAGACCCUCCCAGUUGGGAAGUGGCGGCAUCUAGUGGGUGUGCUUUGGGGGCCCUAGAGGAACUGUGUGGCAAUAGGGAGAUUCCUUUGUCCCAAAGGACACUGGCUCUCCCAGAGCCGGAUGGGAGACCUACCUUGCAAAACCUGGAUUGUACAAAGCCAGCUAACUCAGAGGAGGAGCCCUGCAUUUGGGGACUGAGAAGCAAGGUCAAGCAUAAAGAGCUUGUUCACAGCUCAGAGCGACAGCCCUAUGUUAGUGCUCCUGAGGAGCCUCUGGACGGUGCCUCUGGGAUGCAAGCAACUCUGGGAAACCCAGAGACCAUGGCCCAGCUCAGGCCCAGACCGAGACAAACAUCUUCUCCCUGCCUAUUCUCAGCUUCUCCUGUAGGCCAAGCCUCUGAAAUCAAGGUGAAGAAGACCAAGCAAGGAGACAGGAGACUUCCCAAGCCCACAGCCCAUGCUAGUCAAAACACCUCCUCUCCAUCCUCCUCCUCCUCAGGGUCCCCUACUGCUGGGCUCAAAUUCUCCUUCUUAAAGGGGCAGAAGCGAUACCUCAUGCCCCAAGACAAAGCUUCUUUCCAGAAUGAACGACCUUGGAAAGUCCUAUCUUCACUGUAUUCUUCUAAGCCACGCCAAGCCAAACCCCUGGAGAAAGAUGGAACAACUCAGACAAAAACAUCUGGCUCUGUUGCUGACUCAGGCCUGCUGUCUGGGAAAAAGGCUGGCUUCCCAGAAGCUGCGGCAGGCCCCCCAGAAAGAGCCCCCGGCCUGGAGGAGGAGCCCCCAGGGCCUGAGCCCAAGAUUAAGACCGUGGGUGCUGAGGUCUUCCACUCCAGGAUAGCCUGCCUGCCAGGCAGUAGGGACAGGGCAGGGCGACCCCUCCUCCUGGUGUCAACUGCAGAGGAGGCCUGGAAGGCACCAUGGUGCACAGCCUCCGAGGUCACAAAGCUGCUGUCCUACCUGUGCGGCAUCCCUAGGCCAGAAGAUAAAGCCAAGGGCCUGGUGGUUGUGAUCGAUGCCAGGAAACAGUCCCCUCCGUUGGCUCUAGUCAGUGCCCUGCAGGCCACCCAGGCUGUAGCCCCAGCCUCCCUCAGCGCACUGCUCAUCCUGGGGGAGAAGGAGGAUGCUGUCCCGCUGCAGGUGUCACCUGACAUCCAGGUGGAGGUACUGGCCUCACUGAAGGCCCUCAGCCACCACGUGGACCCCAGCCAGCUGCCCGAAGCCCUGAAAGGCCCCUUCCCCUACUGCCACAGCGAGUGGGUGCACUUUUUCCAGAACUUGGAUCCUUUCCUUGCUGAGCUUCACUGGGCCUCCUCCCUGCUGCAGGCUUCCAUUGAGGAGUUUGAGAAGGGUGAUCCCCCUGGGGGACUGCAGGAGGCCACCAGUUGUCUGAGCAAGUCCAAGGAGCUGAUGGAGGCUGUGCUGAGAGACCCGGGCCUACUGCACCUGCAGCAGGAAGGUGGGGCCACCCUGGCCAGGCUGCAGUGUGAGGCCAGCAGGCUGGACUCCAGCCCCGACGUCAGGAGCCAUCUGGCAGAGGCAGCUGCCCUGUACAGCCUGGUGGAUGAGCAGCUUCAUGUCCUGGCCACUGCAUCCAACCACCUCCUGGGAAGGCUGGAGCUCCGCAUUCGCCUGGGCCGCCUGGAGGCUGCCGUCCGCCAGGUCAGUGAUUGGAUGGAGCAGGAAGGAAGCCAGUGCCUGCAGGCACUCACCCCUGGGGACAGAAGUAUGGAGACAGUGGCACAAGCCCAUGCCGAGUUCGAGGCCUUCUUCCUGCAGGCUAUGGCUCAGUACCGCCGUGGCCUGGAGCUGUCCAAGCAGGCAGCCCAACUGGGAGCAGUGGCCAGCAGGGCUGGCGAGGCUGAAGGCCAGGGGCUCCCGGAGCUGGUGGCCUUCACUGCCACCCAGCGGGCCUUCCAAGCCAAGCUGACCCACUUCUACAUGGCGGCCGAGAGGCAGCGCACGGACCUGGACACGCUGUUGCACCUGCACCGCUUCUGCAAGAAGAUGACCUGGUUCCACAAGGACUGUCAGGACCUGGUGAGCCAGCUCAAACUGGGCAAGGCCAAGAAGGCCAGCCCUGGGGACCAGCGCCGCCUGCACCGCUACCUGCAGCGCUUGGCAUCCGAGUUCCCUGCUGAGAAGUUGGCAGCCAUGGCACUGCAGGUGGCCUCCCUGAGCCAGGCGGGCUUGGGCCAGGAUCUGUGGCAGGAAGCCCGGGGAAGACACCAGGAGAUCCAGAGCCUGCUGAAGAAGGCACUGGCCCACUGCCCAUGCCCAGUGAACUCCACUGCCCACUUGGCAUCCUCAGACCCAAGAGGGGCAGCAGUCAAGGGCUGGGGUCCGAAUGGAGAAGUGGCUUCCAAGGGGAGCUGGGACCUGCCCCCACAGGACCCUCUGGGUGUGGAUCACUUGCCAAAACCCUGCUGGUCUCCUUGGGCUGCUAGGAGCCAGAAGAACAGAAUUUUCCAGGUGGACCCUGCAUGCCCUGGCCAUGUGGUAGGGGCUGAUGACAGCAAAGGCUCCCAGGAGCUUCUGGAGCCCGUCCUGGAGGGCUCUUGCUCCACCCUUUUCUCCUGGAAGCGACUCCCCAGGAAGAGCCAGGUCUCCUGCCCCACCGGGGACAGCCUCUCCUCAGAGGGGACAGACUCUCAGGCAUCCCUGGAGGACUCACCCCAGACAAGUCCACCUGCAUCCCUCUAGAUGGAGAUGCCCCUCACGGCACCAUGCUCUGGGGUGGCUGGCACAAGACCAGCUGUAGAGAGCGCUGGUCAGCCUCUUGGAGACUUGGCUACCAAACUGUGCUGGCAGGACAGGGCCUGCUUCUGGCUCCAGAAAAGUCCAGGAAGAUCCACUGCUCACACAUGCAGAAUAGGGGGUGUGGGAGCCAGGAUCCCUGCCAAUAAAGCGUCAAUUGGCCCUGUCACUUAGGAUCUCUCAUGGAAGGUCUGUCGGUACAGAUGUGGUCAAGGCUCCCUCUUGGACAGCCUAACGCACUACCCCCUGAGGGGCACCAGGGCCAGCAUAGCGCCCCCCCUACUGGGCACAACACCUGGGCUCCUGUCUUAGGAUCAC